GAUGUAUGUCAGUCUUGGUUGUGGCUCUCUCACCUCAUGAAACCAAUCAACCAAUCAAUUGAUUGCUUCUGUUCUCCCGUUGCCCUAGACACGUGCCCAUAUCAUAUGCCUCCCAUCUCUCUCUCUCUCUCCCUUUGCCCAUCUUUCUUCUAUUCCCCCCACUCCCACCACCAUCCAUGUUACCAUACCCAAACCAAAACCUAAUUUGCCCUACCGGAGUAAGAGAGAGAGAGAGAGAUUUCUACAUGGACGGGGGGGAUCGGUGGCCAGCGACGUCGGCCCCCUACAACAGAAAGGUCAUCGGCAAUAUAUUGCAAAGAUUCCGACCAAUCGCUCCGAAACCAGUAGUUGGAGGCUGUCUCAAUAAGACUGAUGAUGAAGCGAUUGGUGGUACAAGGAUUUCUAUCGGUAGAAACCGAAGAUUCAAGAGAAAGUACGUUAGGGUUCGUAAGGAUAACAAUAAUCAUAGUAAUAGUAACCGUUACUAUAAGGUGGAAAUGACGAGGGCUCAGACAGCAGAUCUUUGUAAAGAUGCGGGCAGUGAUGGAAGUGGGUCGCAUAGAGAUAUCGUGACGCUUCAGCUAUUGCCGGAAAAAGGAGACGAUCUUGGAACUCGAGAGGCUGUAUUUAACUUCACCGACAGUACGGGUAAGUACUGUAAAGCGAAUAAUACUUACGGGGACCCACUUCCGGGAGAAAAUUAUACGGUCAUGAGCCUUUCGCAGUCCCGCCGGACGGUGGCAGAUUCGUGGGUGACGGUGGAGUGCGUGACGGGCACGUGCACUGACGAAGCCAUCAGAAGCCAGCUAGGCCGCACGGACACUGAGAGGGUGAGGCAUUUAGAGGGUGACACGUGUCCCGGGUUUGUCUCGGACGGAUCGAAUCGGGUCAGGUGGGUAAACGGGUCGUACCGGAGGAUGAUGGGUGUGACCGGAGAGGAAGAUGUGAGGGUUUGGGUUUUAGUCACGGUGGAUCAGAUGGGGGAGAUGGCGUGCAUGGGGGACAUAUACGGUGCGGUGACGUGCAGGGUAAGGGUUCGGUGCGAGUCAACGUGGCACGAGGAGAAGAGCCGAUCGGUGGUCAAGAUGGCUGUACCGUGCGAUGUGUGGAAAAUGGGGUCAGGUGGUUUUGCAUGGAGGUUGGACGUUGAAGCUGCUCUGUGUCUCGGCAGGUGAUGAAAGCAGAAGGGGAAAAAAUGCUUAAAAUAACAUAAAUAAUGGUAUAUCGCGAAACACUUUGACAGCAAAAAAUGUAUAAUUAACGUCAAUUCAUGCAUAUCUGUGUGUGUAUGCAUACAUAUAUAUAUAUAUAUAUAUAUAUAUGUGUGUGUGUGUGUGUAUUAUAAAAUAUGAUUAAAACUAAAACAUUACACAUUGUGCGCGUCUGUGUAAUGGAUGUCGGACGGUUAAGCUUUUCUUCUCGAUUUUGCAAACGCCAAUGUUUCCUUAGUUUACUCGUGUUUGGAUAUAGCGAAUUGACGCAACACAC